CACAGCCGCCUGACCCCCAGGUUUCUGUGGCCCUGCAGUUCCUGCGAGUCACAAAGCAGUACCUGCCCCACGUGGCGCGCCUCUGCCUGAUCAGCACCUUCCUGGAGGACGGCAUCCGCAUGUGGUUCCAGUGGGGCGAGCAGCGCGACUACAUCGACACCACCUGGAGCUGCGGCUACCUGCUCGCCUCGUCCUUCGUGUUCCUCAACCUGCUCGGACAGCUGACCGGCUGCGUCCUGGUGCUGAGCAGGAACUUCGUGCAGUACGCCUGCUUCGGGCUGUUCGGCAUCAUAGCGCUGCAGACGAUCGCCUACAGCAUUUUAUGGGACUUGAAGUUCUUGAUGAGGAACCUGGCCCUGGGAGGAGGCUUGCUGCUGCUCCUGGCGGAGUCCCGUUCUGAAGGGAAGAGCAUGUUCGCGGGUGUCCCCACCAUGCGCGAGAGCUCCCCCAAGCAGUACAUGCAGCUCGGAGGCAGGGUCCUGCUGGUUCUGAUGUUCAUGACGCUCCUUCACUUGGACGCCAGCUUCUUCUCUAUCGUGCAGAACAUCGUGGGCACGGCGCUGAUGAUUUUGGUGGCCGUCGGUUUUAAAACCAAGCUGGCGGCUUUGACACUCGUGGUCUGGCUGUUCGCCAUCAACGUGUACUUCAACGCCUUCUGGACCAUUCCCGUCUACAAGCCCAUGCACGACUUCCUCAAGUACGACUUCUUCCAGACCAUGUCGGUCAUCGGGGGCUUGCUGCUGGUGGUGGCUCUGGGCCCCGGGGGCGUCUCCAUGGAUGAGAAGAAGAAGGAGUGGUAACAGCCAGAGGUCCCCACCCUGCCCAGCUAGGGCCGUGGCCACCAAGGACUGGUGUGGGCGGAUGCAACCAAACUGCCAGCAUUUAGGUAUCCUCUUCCCUCCCUCCCUGGCAAGGGCACAGAUGUUCUGAGAACUUUAUUUGCAGAGACACCUGGAAAUUGACGGCUGAAUCUGCUCGGGAGCCACGCUCUGGUGUCUGUUUCGUGCUGGCCAGCCGGACAGUCGGUCCCCGCCACGGCACAGCCUCUGGAGUGAGCAGCUGGGCUGGUUAUGGCCUCAGUCCCGAUUUUGAUUUUUUUUUCCUGGGGGAGGGGUCCUCAAGCUGUACUGUGAGCAGACACAUUUGUACAUCAUUCAAAUCAGUCUCCCUCUUUUUUUUUUAAGUUUACAUUUUUAGUUCAAACUACUAAACGAUUUUGGAUGGUUCGGCCAAAUACCACAGUUAAACUCCUUGGUUAAAAUCGUAGCAGUGGCUUCAACGUUGUUUCUGCCCCUGCGCUGUAAUACUUUCUAGGAACAGCGAGGACGCAGAGUGGUGCAGCGUCAGGGGUGGUGGGAGCUGCCGUUUGCGGUAGCAGACACCACUGGGAAAGUUGGCUCUGAUCCAAUCGCUGUGUUCCGUUGGUAACACCCUGGGAGCUUCAGCGGCUUCAGGCAGGGAUGAGGGGUGGCAAGUCCUUGGGGAAGCGGCGGCUCUGGGUGGUGCUGGCCACCUGGGCCCAGCAGCGAGGCGGGCCCGCCGUGGCCCCGGGCAUCUCACGCUGCCACCUGCGGGCUCGGCCUGUUACCUCACACCGACCUCAGCGUGAGGUCUGGGGCCCAUCCACACACACCACUUUCCCGAGGUUGUCACUUGCUCCAACCUUGCCCACUUGCUACGCUGAAUGCAGCCAAGAUUACUUUUUACGAUUUGUGAUGCCUUACUGAUUUGAUCUUGAUCCUGUAUCUAAAGUUUUCUAACAUUGCCUUACAGCGUGUUCCUCUCUGUGCGGGGGGGCUAAUCGCUUGUUCCCUGCUCAUCUGCGCCGCGGUGAAUGCUGCACGGCAGUCAGGCAUCCCUCUGGGCACAGGCUGGCUGAGGCUACCCUGGCGCUGCCGGGGGCCGGUCCUGACCAGUCUCUGGGCUCACCCUUCUCUCGCCCCUUGGCUUGUAGGGCAGAGGUGAGGCUGCUUCUGCCCCCAGUGCUGUUGGGCACCCACCGGCCCUGCACCUGGACCCAUCACCUCCUCAACCCACCUCGUGGCCCACCCUCAGUCUCCUAGUAUUUAUAAAAUCAAGCAGUGGCUUCAGGACACAGGGGUUCUUUCUUCCUUGGCACUCAGAUGCUCACUGCACAGAGUGGCUUCUAACUGUGUUUCAAACUCAGCAGGGCUAUCUCCUGGCCCACACCCGCCCCCAUGAACGCAGCGUCGCUGUCGGGUAGGGGUGGAGAGUGCAGUCAGCACUAGUUCUGCGGCGGCAGCAGCAGCGCCUCGAUCCCAGGGGUGGUUCUGGGUCCCUGGCCCUGAACGCGCGAGUGCCCAAGACGGGGGAGAUGCCUUUGCCAGCAGGAGGAAAAGUGUGACCUACCAAUUGGUUCUGGCAACACAAUUUCUGAAAAUUUUUUUGCUUUAUGUGGGAAAUAGAUCUAAAUCUCAUUUUAUGCUGUAUUUUAUAUCUUAGUUGUGUUUGAAAACAUUGAUUUUUGGAAACACAUCAAAAUAAAUAAUGGCAUUUGUUGUA